CGACGCCAGUGACAAAACAAUCCCAGCCGUGGGGAGAUGAGGUCACACCCCCUCAACUCUAUAAUUACUGCCCGGUCCACCCCUCCACGUUCAUACAGACCAAGAAUUUCCCUCUGCAGCCCCACAGUGGCACGGACCAGCUUGGGUGAGUGUCUUCUUUACAUCUCUAACUCUACAGCGAGAAGGAGGAUUCUCGGGAUUCUGCAGUUCGGAAGCCAUCAAGCCAAUGCUUACGAGCGACCGGAUAUUUGGAAUUUCCUUCCUCUUCCAGACCGUCGUCGGCGUUCUGGGGAACGCGGCGAUGUUCUUGGUGUACGUCCGCGUCUUCGCGGCUCAGCCCCGGCAGAAGAAGCCCACGGACCUGAUCCUCACCCACCUGACCCUGAGUAAUACGGGCCUCCUUCUCACGCGGGGCGUCCCGGAGACGAUGGCGGGCUUCGGGAUGAAGAAUAUCCUGGAUGACUUUGGCUGCAAAAUGCUGGUGUACCUGAGGAGAGUAGCCCGGGGCCUGUCCAUCUGCACCACCUGCCUCCUGAGCGUGUUCCAGGCCGUCACCGUCAGCCCCGGCACCUCCCGGUGGGCCCGGUUCAAGCCCAGAGCCCCCCGUUACAUCGUCCCCUCCUUCCUCUUCUUCUGGAGCCUCAAUAUGUCGAUCUACAUCAACUCAAUCAAAUCCGCUCAAGCCACCAAGAACGUCACUACCACGGGCAACACUUACGUUUCGAAAUACUGCUCAUCUAUCCCCAAGACCAGUGAAUUUAGCGUCGUGGCCACCGUAACGGCCAUCGCGAUCCGCGAUCUCUUCUUCGUGUUGCUCAUGAGCGGGGCCAGCGGCUACCUGGUGAUCGUGUUACGUCGGCAUCACAGACAAGUCCAGCACAUCCACGGCACCGCCCGGUCCCCCAGAUCCUCCGCCGAGACCAAGGCCAUUCGCACCAUCCUGCUCCUCGUCAUCUGCUUCGUUUGCUUCUACUGUGUCGACAGCUGCAUCACCUUUUAUAUAAGUUUCAUGGAGGAGUACGAUAAUAAGAUGCUGAACACCUCGUCCUUCAUCUCCUCCUGUUACUCCUCCGUCUGUCCCUUGGUGCUGAUCCGAAGAGACCCCCGGUUCCCAAGCUUCCAGCGUAGCCACGAGAAGGGGACGGAUCCCUCUCUCUCCGUGAGUAGCAGGGAUCAAUCAGUCACACCCGCGCGUUGAUCAGAUCUUAUCACCGGUGGCUCUGCCUUCUCGCCCGUGGGCUCCGAGUGGGUGGCUAUGCGUCGGGCGGGUAUUUGUCGCCGUCUAAACCUACAUCUUCCCCAUUC